UGUUGUCAACGUGCCUGUCAUCAAGCAGAGAGAGAGGGGCAGAGAACAGCAGAGCCGCCGCUGGUCUGUGUCGGGGAGACUUGGGAAGCGGACGGACGGGAGACAGACAGGAGACAGGAGACAGACUCUGGACUCAGUGGACAUGGACAUAAGUCUUCGUUGUCCAGUAUCUGCUCUGUGACGUUCAGGGCCACUUGGCGUGUUCUGUGUUUUGUAGUUACGUCUCUGCGUGGUGGAACGCAGCGGCAGCGGGAGCUAGCUUAGCGACACUGACACACACACACACACACACGCACACACACACACACAGGUGGAGGAGGAGAGGAGGGGCCGCUGACAAAGGAAGGUGGCGAGGUGACGAUGAACCGCUUUCGAAAGUGGCUGUAUAAGCCCAAGAGGACGGACCCUCAGCUCCUGGCCCAGUUCUACUACGCUGAUGAAGAGCUGAAUCAGGUGGCCACUGAGCUGGACGGCCUCGACGGGAGGAAGGACCCUCAGAGAUGUACCCUGUUGGUCAAUCAGUUCCGCUCUUGUCAGGACAGUGUGUUGAACAUUAUCAAUCAGAUCAUGGAUGAAUGUAUUCCCAACGACCGGGCCAACAGAGACUUCUGUGUCAAGUUCCCAGAGGAGAUUCGUCAUGACAACUUGGCAGGGCAGCUGUGGUUUGGGGCUGAGUGUUUGGCUGCCGGCUCCAUCAUCAUGAACAGGGAGAUAGAGAGUAUAGCAAUGAGGCCCCUGGCUAAGGACCUUACACGCAGCCUGGAGGAGGUACGCAACAUAACCAGAGACCAGGCCCUGAGAGACCUUAACUUGUACACGGACCGCAUGAAGGAUGCAUUGCGACAUUUCGACGGCCUUUUUGCUGAGUUUGAGCUCAGUUAUGUGUCAGCCAUGGUGCCUGUGAAGUCGCCCAAAGAAUACUAUGUACAGCAGGAGGUGAUUGUGCUCUUCUGUGAAACUGUGGAAAGGGCUCUAAAGCUUGGCUAUCUUAACCAAGACAUGAUCGAUGACUAUGAACCCGCGCUGAUGUUUACAAUUCCCAGACUAGCCAUUGUAUGUGGGCUGGUUGUGUAUUCAGAGGGACCUCUCAACCUAGACCGAAAAUCAGAGGACAUGUCUGAGCUCUUCCGGCCUUUUCGCACUUUAUUGAAGAAAAUCAGAGACCUGCUCCACACCCUGACUGAUGAGGAGUUAAUAACUCUAGAAAGAAAUCUCUGUAUCACUCAGGACGGGGAAUUGUCCGUAGACGAGGAGCCGGCCAUAGACAGCUCACCAGCUCCAGUCCAAGAGAAUCACUCAUCCUGCAGCCCCGCUAAUGACACCUCCAAAGAGGAGAGCGAGGGUGAACAAGAGCAGCUGGCUCCAUUUGUCUGUCCCAGCCAAGAGGAGGAGCUGGCAGAAGUGGAAAAAGGCUGGGAGGAGGUAGAAAUUGGAGGGGAGGAGCAGGAGCAGGGCCUGCUGUGUGAGGAGGCCGAGGAGGCUGAGUUGGCCUGUUCCAUGCAGUACGAUGAGGAGGAACUGGAGCAGCUCAACAUGAUGGUGUACCGCGUGGGGGACGAGAUGUCCACCCUUCUGUCGCCUCCCAGCCAGGGUCAGUCACCAGCACACCAUCCCAACAGAGGAGAGGCAGGAGGCUCCAGUGGGGCUUCUAGCACUGAAGCGUCUCCCCGCAGGCUCCUGGUGGGCCGGGGAAGGACAGGCAUCUAUUUAGAGGAGGAGGACAAGGUCUUCUUCAUGGAGGACCUGGACGCAGCAGGAGAAAGCAUCACCAGCAUUUCAAGAGAGGCCUGUCGUUGUAUAAUCUCUCCUUCCAAAGCACCAGAGUCUGCUCAUCCUGUGCAGCGCAAGCCGGGACCACAGCCAGACUCUGCCAGGAAUGGUUGGUACCCUGAAGCCCAGUCAGAGCAGCCAUGCCCACAGCCACGCAGCCAGAACACACUCUGUCCUAAAGCAAAGCUCCCUCCUUGCACUUCCGCUCCUGGCUCUGAAUCCCUGCCUUACGCCAACGGCUGGGAGAUGGGUUUGGAGGGGACAGCGUCUGAAACCGCUGAGGUCAUCGCCCACCGUAUGGGUGGGAUGAAGCUCUCCGCCACGGUCAUCUUCAACCCUCGCUCCCCAAGCUUGACGGAGCUUGCUGUGGACAAGCUGCUGCUGCCGCGGCCCGCUCCCACUGAGAUUGAGCCCUGUGGCCCUCUGGUGGCCACUCACUGCCUACUCAACUCCUGUGUCUGUUGUGGGAGCUGUGAGGAUGGUCACGAGGAAGCCAUCACCACAGAGGGCCCUGGAUUUGGGUUAGGCCUCGCCCUGGGAUUGGAUGACCACUGUAAGACGGCAGCCCCAGUCUUCCAGUCGUCUGCUUGCCGGCUGCCCCCCCAAAGUCAUGAGCCUCACAGCAAGGGUGAGAUCACUCAGUUGACUCCCCCUUCUUCCCGCUGCUGUGCAGAGACCCUGGAAGAGGAUUCAAACUCCCAACUCUGUGAGAAGUGCCUGGUAGUGGCUCCAUGGCCAGGGCAUCAAUCUCAUGACUGUGGAUCAAGUGGAGGGGAUGGACCCUCUCCGUGCAACCACCAGCUGACGAAUGAAAAGAGGCAGCAGGCCACUGGAGGCCGACAGAGGGACAAGGAGACGGAUAAGGACAAGUCAGGAGCUAAAGACUUUAAGAGGGACACCAAAGACGACAGCAGGAGGAGUUCCAGUUUUCAGAGCUCUCCCCUCAGUUCUGUGUCAGGUAGUGACUGUGACAGUGUGUCGGUCACCACAUGUAGUCUGUCAAGCAGUGCAUACACUCCCAGCCCUGUCAGCAGUCUGACUCCCAGCUCAGGGAUGUCCGAAGACCUGGACCAUCAGGAGAUCCAGCUGGCCCUGCAAAACGCCAAGCUGGCUGCAAGGAACAAGAUCCGAUCACGCUUCCACAGCAGCAGCGAUCUCAUCCACCGUCUCUUUGUUUGUAUAUCAGGUGUUGCUGAUCAGCUGCAGACAAACUAUGCUAGUGACCUUCGCAGCAUCCUCAAGACUCUGUUUGAAGUCAUGGCGACCAAGUGUGAGGAGGGGAACAACGACAACCAAAAGAAAGCAGGGCCUGUUCUGCGUAGUGCUGUGCUGGAAGACUGUGCUCUCUGUCAGGAGACUAUUUCCUCAUCUGAACUGGCAGCCAAGGCCCGGGACGGCCAAUUCGAAGACCCUCCAGACUGGGUCCCAGACGAAGCCUGUAACUCCUGCAUUGCUUGCAAGGCUCCCUUCACUGUCAUCCGCAGGAAGCAUCACUGUAGAAGCUGUGGAAAGAUCUUCUGCUCGCGCUGCUCUUCCCAUUCUGCUCCUCUGCCCCGGUACGGCCAGGUGAAGCCUGUUAGGGUUUGCACACACUGCUACAUGUUUCACGUCACGCCCUUCUACAGCGACAAGGCCGGCAUCUAACUCCACAUUGUCACCAAAAGCACACAGUCCGCCACAACAUACAUAUGCAACGGACAGAUCCAGGGGCUGUGUACCAAGCAAAUGCCACACUGCCUGGAAUAACUAAUGGCCGUCGUUGUACCUGGUGAGCAAUGCUGCAGUGUGAGGCCAUUACAGAUGACAAUGCAGAGACGAGACACGCAGCCACGAGUGAUGAUCCGACCCGUUUCUGCUGCUUCGGAGAGACUGGCAACCAAAGGGUUUGAUUUCAGUGCCCAGCUAACGCACAAAAAGGAUUCACAAAUGCCUGCCUGAUUAUAGACGUGCAAAGGAGAGAGUUGAUAAACAGGCAAUAACAGAUUUGGAACUGGCAUUGUGCAACAGGCCUCUGUAGCAGUUUGCAGCACAAACUCAGAUCAGGCCUCCUUGUUCAAUUUGUUGCUUUAGGAGUAAAUGAAAGGACUUGUGAAAUAUUUUCCUAUGCUUUAGCGAGCUUCCUACAUAUGUGCCAGGGCUCCCACGGGACUCGGAUUACUCAAAAGAAUGUAAGUCAUGAUAACCAUGUAAAUAAGGAUAAAUCUGGUAAAAGCUACACUACAAUGUCUUCAGUCCACACUACCAGUCCUAGUAAAGCAAAAAUGAAAAACAGAUAGCGUUUAUAUUUAGUUUCUUCCAUGCCUUUUGAUGGCAUUGAAUGUGUAAUUCUUUAUCGCUUUGUGAAAAGGUGUCAAGGUUCCAGCAAAUUUGACGUCCAGCUCUUGAUGGCAAUGGGCUGAGCCCACUGCUUUGACAGUCGCACCAUGGCAUGUUACGUUUUCUCUGAGGACUCUGCUGCACGCUGAGAUGGUUAAAAGGGAUUCCCUAGUUAUCACUGUCAAGCCUUGAAGGCCCCCUAGUGGAGAGUUGACCCCUCUUCGCUCAGUGCCCUCAUCACCGUGUUGUGUACAAUUUGUUCUGAACCUGAGGCCUUCUAAGGUGCUGGCCUACGGAUUACAGGCCGAUCGUUGCACAUUGAUAUCUCUUCCUACUCACACUCACUAACUGCAAUGGUCCUGCACAUUCUAGAGACAACACUUAGAUAUUUGAAUUGUAGUCAUAGGCCAUUUCUGAGGAGAUAAGUUGUGCUGAUUUGAGUUUACACUAAAUUAUUUCCGGCUUUGGCUCUGGUGGUACUGUUGGACAGGAACAGAUAUUUUGUUCCCAGAGUGACAUCAUUUGAACCUGACUUCCUUUCUGCUCUUGAAUCUUCUUCCAUUGAAUGACCACGUACAAAGUAUCUUCCAUGCUCAUGAUAUAACACAGUUUGUGUGUCUGAAAGGUCCGAAGUGGCCAGUCUAAGAUGGACCUUUGAGCAACUUCGAUGGGAUAUCACAUCAUGUCCAUUCUGCGCUGACGUAAAACAGUUUCUCAGGCAUUACAUAAUCAAAAUCAUUCACUACUCUUGGAUCAAUCCUAUUUUCAUCAAAUAACUUAUGAACUCACUUUGAAAAGGUUUGUCUUUUUUCCUUUUGUAAAGAUCAAAAAUAAUGUAUGAAGCUAUAAUUACUUUUAUGUAAAAUACAAGGAAUCAUGCAGUAAUUAAAGGGUGGGAUAUCAAGUUAUUGUUUCAGAGUUUGGUCUUAUUUUGUAUUUCCAUGAUAAGAGCUGUGUAAAAUAUCCAACAAACAAAUAAUGUUAUAUAGUUUUAAAUGCGAUGUAUAUUGAAAUAAAUUACUUUUUCCUGUUUAAAAUGUUGACUGAUAACAUCUCCACUUUACUUUUACAUCAAAGUACCAUUGAAUUUCUGCAUUGAAAUGUGUCAGUAAAUUUGUUUCCUGGAUUGAUUGACGUA